AUGUAUCAGGGCGAUUCUCUCCUCCUGGAUGACGGCAAGCUGCGAAUGACGGUGGUCGAGAGCGGGGAAGGCUACGUGAUCUGCAGGGUCGACGUGGGCGGGAAGCUGUCCAACAAGAAGGGCGUGAACACCCCAACCGUCCGCCUGCCGAUCUCGGCCAUGACCCCCAAGGACCGCGCCGACCUAGACUUUGCCCUGGUCGUUCCAGGCGGCGUUGAUGUGGUGGCCUUGUCCUUCGUGCAGAGGGCGGCCGACGUGGAGGAGCUCAAGGACAUCGUGCAGGGGAGGUGUCGGGUGAUGGCGAAGAUCGAGAAGCCGCAGGCCGUAGAUGACCUGGAGGACAUCGUGGCCUUGUGCGACGCCAUCAUGGUCGCCCGGUGCAACCCAACCCCCACCCGCGCUGAAGCGUCCGAUGUGGCAACAGCAAUCUACGACGGUGCUGACGGGAUCAUGCUUUCGGCCGAGUCCGCCGCGGGCAAGUACCCCCUAGAGAGCGUGCAGAUGCAGCAGAAGAUCAUCACCUCUGUGGAGGUCGACCCGCUAUACCGAAAAUACCUGCUGUCGCACGCGGAGAAGCAGAGGACAGGAUCGGCUACGGACGCCAUCACGAGGGCGGCCCGCCAGGUGGCGGACACUCUUUGCGCGAAGGCGAUCGUGGUCUUCACCUCGAGGGGAACGACGGUCCAGAAGGCAGCCCAGCUCCGGCCCAACGUGCCCGUCAUGGGCGUGACGCCCAACAUCGAGACGGCCAGGGGGUUGGCGCUGACGUGGGGAGUGUACCCGGCGGUGAUCGAGCCGGACAGCGACGACGUGAACUUCCGGAUGAUGCUCUUCAAGUGCUGCGCGGUGGCGCAGGCCAAGCUCAUCGCCGACAAGCCGACCGACCUGCUCGUGGUGACCGCGGGGCUCCCCUUCAAGGUCCCCGGAGUGGUGAACAUCUUGCGCGUGCUGCCCGCAGCGGGGCCUGACAUCUGGGACCCUACCCUCACCACCGACCUCGACGAGAUGGACCACACCGAGGCAUACGUUAACUAUGAUGACGUGUACUAGUGUACUUUUAAUUUAUUACUGUUGGAGUGCUGUCAAGGUUGCG